AUGGUUUCGACUUCUGCUGGAGGUGGAUACAUGGUCCUUGCUCACAGAUCCAAGUUUGUUGUUAUUGAAUUAAACGAGGAAGAAGGUGAAUACUGUGCAGUUGGCCAAGGAUCUGGAUGCGCAGCGGAAGGCCAAAUGUUUGUUAUGGCAGGAUACAACUCCGGAUGGCUAAGGGUUUUCUCAGAAAUCAGAACACCACCUCCAGUAUUCAAGACAGCUGCAAAACAGUCCUGGCAAGAUGAAGAAAUAACGCUUCUUUUUCAAGGCAACAAGGUGGUCAGCAUUGACGGACAAAGUCUUUGGAUGGUACUAAGGGUCUGCGACGGACAGCGAGAGAGCGGUAUUGACUCUUCUCGUAUGCAUACAGCAUUUACGUACAAAAAGUACGAGUUCCAAAAACACGAUCAAGUGAAAGACGUAGUAAGUUUAGCAACUUCGAGAUACAUAGCAGUGGGAAGCAACCCAAUGCUCUGCUAUUAUGCAACAACAGAUUCAAGCAGGCCGCUCAUGUCUGCGGUUUCCAUGGCAAGUUACGUUGUUUCCAGGGUAGCAACUCCUGUUUUCUCGUUUGCCAAAUCAUGGUGGUCAGGAGGAGGAGGAAGCUCGACCAACAGCAGUAGCUCGUCAUCGUCGCCUACACCCUUUGUACCAGACAUGCAUGCUCCUCCUAUCAACAUUGAGCAAGCUACGCCCAUACCGGUUGUGUUGACAUUAGGGGACACAGACCGGCGCAUCACAAGUAUUUCCGUAGCACCGACGAGCACAAGCUCACAGCGAAGCACACUUGCGGCGACCACAGACUUGCUAGGACGAGUGAUAUUGUGGGAUCUACAGUCUGGUGAGAUGAUCCGAAUGUGGAAGGGCAUACGCGAUGCCGUAUGCGGGUGGGUCGAAGUAUCUGAAGACUGUGCUAGUGAGCUAUCCACAAACGAACGUACUCGUCCUGCCAGAGUAUCGCUGUUUUUGGUCGUAUAUUCGGAGAGACGCGGUCUUUUACUUGUGUUCCACAUGCGCCAUGGUGCUAAAGUGGGGAUCUUCCGGAUUGGCCAAGGGUGGCGGCUUGUGCCUUGCGGUCGCGAACCGCUUGGGAGCAGUAUGGUUAGUGCAGAUAGAAGAAGAACGGCCAUGGUGAAAGUCGAAGGCGAGUGCGGAUGUCUAGCGAAGUGUCUCUUGAUAGGUCCUGAUGGAGAAGUGCGGAACAUCCAAAUUGUCACAAAGUAA